GCGGUAUUGAAGCUGAGCAGCAGGUCCAUCGACUCCAGCCUCCCGUCGUGACUGUCAUGGCUUUCCUCUGCAGAAGUGCGACGUCACUCCUGAAGUCCUCGAGAGCAGCUCCGGCCGUCGUGUCUGCCGCGCGCCACUAUUGCCCAGGUGGUCAAUAUGAGUUCAUUCUGGUGGAAAAGCGAGGCGAGAAGAGUGACGUGGGUUUCAUCCAGUUGAACCGGCCCAAGGCUCUCAACGCGCUGUGUGACGGGCUGAUGAGGGAGCUGGGGCAGGCCCUGGAUGUCUUUGAAGCCGACGGCACUGUCGGAGCCAUCGUCCUCACCGGCAGUGACAAAGCCUUUGCUGCGGGAGCGGACAUUAAAGAGAUGCAGAAUCUAACUUUCCAGAAGUGUUAUGGUGGAAACUUCCUGGCUCACUGGAAUAGAGUGUCCACAGUGAAGAAGCCUGUGAUUGCAGCUGUCAAUGGAUUUGCUCUCGGUGGAGGCUGUGAGCUGGCGAUGAUGUGUGACAUCAUCUACGCUGGAGAGAAGGCGCAGUUUGGCCAACCAGAGAUCCUGUUGGGGACCAUUCCUGGGGCGGGCGGUACCCAGCGGCUGACCCGUGCGGUGGGAAAAUCCCUGGCUAUGGAGAUGGUGCUUACCGGAGACCGAAUUAAUGCACAAAAUGCCAAACAAUCAGGUUUGGUGAGUAAAAUUUAUCCGGUGGAGGAUUUGGUGUCGGAAGCCGUUAAAUGCGGCGAGAAGAUUGCGGCCAACUCCAAACUGGUCUCCGCGAUGGCUAAAGAGGCUGUUAAUGCAGCUUAUGAACUGUCCUUGGCGGAGGGUAAUCGCUUGGAGAAGCGCUUAUUCCACGCUACUUUCGCUACAGAUGAUCGUAGAGAGGGCAUGACCGCAUUUGUUGAGAAGAGGAAGGCCAGUUUCCAGGAUAAUUAAAAGAGCGCCGACCAGGAGCUCGACCAAGAACGCAAAGUUCCCGUCAUCAGCGAGUCAUUUCCUCUUCUGCAAUAAGUUGAAUGAUGCAAAAGUCGUGAUUGUGCUGGAACAAACGAGAUGUUUGUAUCAAGAAUUGGCGCCGAGUGAUUUCAAUGAAGCUCGACCUGCUGAUUUCAAUCUGUAUGCGAGAACUCUGCCAUGUGUGGAAUUAGUUGUGAUGACUUGUACUGACUUUGCUUUUUCAUUUUCACUAACAAAUGUUUGUCUGCAUUAUGGAGGCAACUUAUUUCUCUGUAUAUUUUACAAAUAAAUCUCAAGUGAUUUUCAGUUGAGUAACUGAGGCAUGUACACACAUUAAAAGCUAUAUCUACAGCA